AUGACUCAUGAGCCCAGAGGAACGAAAGCUCCAGAGUCCAGACUGUGCCACGUGCGAACUCUGCUUCAUCCCACGCGUGUGACACUUGUCCUCGAUGCCGAUUGCCGAUCGAACAGUCAGCCCCAUAAAACCCUCCCUCGCCAACACUCACCAAGUAAGAAAGCGGUGAACGGCGAGUCCAGUCCGAAAAGCAAGAAGCGGAGGAAAAUGGCGGAUGCCGGCGGAAUCACCAAGACUUGGAUCAAGAAGCAUAUCAUUCUAUACACCGGAGCUACGCGGCACCCCUUCACCGUCCGAAUUCGAGACGGAUCCAUCGAUCCCUCCGCCUUCAAACGCUGGCUGGCGCAGGAUUAUGUGUUCGUUAGGGAAUUCGUCCCUUUCGUGGCGAGCGUGCUAAUUAAGGCUUCCAAGCAGUCGCCGGAGGAUAUGGAAGUCGUUUUGGGCGGCUUGGCGUCUCUGAGCGGUGAGAUCGAUUGGUUCAAACGAGAAGCUUCCAAACGAGACGUCUCGCUCGCUAAUCUCACCGUCCACAACGCAACCCGGAAUUACUGCAGGUUAUUGGAGAAGUUGACGUUGCCAGAAGUUGAGUAUGCUGUUGCAAUUACAGCAUUUUGGGCGAUCGAAGCGGUGUAUCAGGAGAGCUUCGCCCACUGCUUGGAAGAUGGAAACAAUACUCCUCCAGAGUUCGUGGAGGCUUGUCAGAGGUGGGGCAGUCCUGGAUUCAGAGAGUACUGUCGCUCCCUUCAGCAAAUUGCCAACCGAUGCCUAGAGAAAGCUCCUGAGCAUGUUGUCGCGGCCGCCGAAACCACCUUCAUCACCAUUCUCGAGCACGAAAUCGAGUUCUGGAACGUGAGCAGCGGUGGAACUUGAGCGAAGUAAGAUCUGAAAUCCCGAGGAAAAGCGUCGGUCCUUCGGUGUAUACUCGUCUAGUGAAGCUUAUCGAGCUGCUUAGGUUAUCGUUAAGUCUGUCAUGUGUAUAGAGUAGUUCAAGUGAUGUUGAAUGAAAUGUAUGAAUAAAAAGUUGUGUUCUGUUACAUUGAUUAGACCAUCUCCAUAUCCCUGCUAUAGGUUAGCCAUUUCAACUAUUUAUAAAAUGGAUCUUACAUCCACAUCACCAAUUUUAAUAAUUAUUCAAUUCUAACCAUUUCAAACAA